AUGUCACUUCAAUACCACGGAAGUCAAUACACGUGUAGAGGAAAUCAAAUAUUCAAAGACAAACACGUCUUCAUAUCGCGUAUUAUAUAUCAGUGUUCAAAAUGUAAUCAUUUUAGUCAAACCAUUGCUGAAUCCGAUGAACACUACAGUCGUGUCCAUCAUUCAGACAAUGUCUGCGAGUCGUCGACCAUUGCUAUGGCUGUCCAAUCAAUUGCUACCACAAGUGGUGUGUCAGCGACGAAACCGAAACAGGCUUUGGACGAGAUUAUUGUCGAGAAGAUCAAAAUGGCCAUCAAUUUACAGAAAAAUGUGGUCAAAGAAAACAAACACAAGACAAAUACAAAGAUUUCGAAACGACUGAACACUGAAGACACUAAUAAUAGAUCCAUUAUUAGAGAGGAAAUUGUCGACGAAAUCAGUGUUCCAGACCUUUAUGAUGACAAUCAACUUAAAGACUUUAAUCAAUUACCAAAUCAAAAGUGUUUGAAGACAUACAGCAAACAAAAACCAAUUGAAGAAGAUAUCGGAAGCGAUAAGAAACAAAAGGACGAAACUAUCGAUGAAGUGAUUGUCUCGAAUCUCGUUGAAUGCAAAUUCUGUGGCCAACACUUCAAUUCAGUCGGUCUAUCCAUUCAUCUGAAUCUUCAUCUGAAUCCACACAUCUGUAGCGUUCCGUUUUGUGAACAGAUGUUUGCCACCGAAAAGCAGCUAAAGAAUCAUAUAUUCGAUGUCCACGAAAGAGACAGAUUGCGAUCACCUCAAGGCUAUCAAUGCCCGUAUUGUGACCGCAAAUAUGUCAACGAAAGAGAUCUUAAUAUACAUAGCGAAGUACAUACAAACCCGAAGACGUGUGACGUUUGCGGUAAAAGUAAUUUCUCGUCGAAAGGACUUCUCAAACACAAGAAGACU